AUGAAUUCAACAGUAGGCCAACAACUCCUCGUGCGAGACACGUUCACCACGGCCUUCAUGAAGAACUUCAUCGUGGUCCUGGUGUGGUUCCUCCUCAGCUACAUCAAUGGCAGCGUAGUGGCCACGUUCUUCAGACACCAGAUCUUUUACGAGGACCCUCGCUAUAUUCUUUUCAUACAUAUGGUCAUUAACGACGCAGUGCAGCUAACUGUAACCAUCGCUCUGUUUGUGGUCAGUUACGUCUUGUAUACCAUCAGUGUAGGAGUGUGUUGUUUCUUCAUCCUGGUGGCGGUGUUCACCACCCGCAGCACACCUGUGAACCUGGCCGGCAUGGCCAUCGAACGCUAUAUCGCCAUCUGCUAUCCUCUGCGGCAUGCCGAGAUCUGCACCGUGCGGCGCGCGUACAUGCUCAUAGGGGUCAUUUGGUUUAUAUCUGUGGUUCCUGACAUCACUGACCUAUUCGUGACCUUAGCCACAGAACCUCUGAGUUUCUUCCAAACUGCUGUUUUUUGUCUCAGGUCUAAUGUGUUUAAAGACCCGGUGCUGCUGUAUAAGCGGCAGGCGUUCGAUGGGAUUUAUUUCUCACUGGUGUUCCUCACGCUGCUGUGCACGUAUCUGCGGAUCGUGUUUGCGGCUCAUGCGCUCUCCACGGAGAGAACGUCCGCCAAACGGGCGACCAACACUAUUUUGCUCCACGGGGUGCAGUUGCUUAUGUGCUUGCUCUCUUAUGUGUCUCCCAGUGUGGAGGGCAUCUUACACAUCAUCUUCCCGGGACGCAUCCUAGAAAUCCGUUUUGCCAACUAUCUAAUUGUCUAUAUUUUGCCACGCUUUUUGAGUCCAAUCAUAUAUGGAGUGCGGGAUAAAAAGUUCCGCAAGUAUCUGAAGAGGUAUUUUGUGUGCAGUCAUACUAGAAUAGACACAAGAGUAGAAUGCAAAGAUGAAGAAGAUUAA